AUGGCCUCGCGAAACCCAGAAACCAAACCCACUCUAACCCUCCACGCCGAAUUCCUCCCCAACAUCCGCCAAACAACGCUCUACAUCACCCUCCCCAUGAACCUCGAGCCGAUCAUCUCCCUCUCCGAGUCCCGUCGCGCAGUGACAGUUUCCCUUCCAGAGCCAUAUGACGAUGUAUCGGAGACCAUUAAGCUCCCCGCGCGCGUGAAUGAGGCGGCGCGGCGGGUUUUGGAGGGGCGACAGCAUACUGGAACUGGCAAUGGGACUCGCCAGAAGGGAGAAUCAGGAUCAAUAUCAGGACCGGGGAGUGGGAACUGGGAUGAAAGGGAACUGUCGUUCAGAAUGCAGAUCGAUCCCGGUGAUACAAGCGGUGGGUUACUACGUCCCGACGAUGAGGUCACGAGCGAGAAAUACGUACCCUGGAUGGCUGGUGAUAUGGGAUCGUAUACACAGUUAGGUUGUCGAGGUUGCGGGAAAGUGGUUUUGGAUUGUGCGCCUGCGCCUACACCUGGUGAUACUGGUAGUAAGUGGGUGUGGAAAGACCUGCCUAGUGGGAAUUGGGCGGAGAUGAUGGAUUUCUGGCAUUGCCACAAGCCGGAUACUCACGACCAUGACCAUGGCGAUCAUACGGUGUCGAUUGAGGAGCGGAACUCGCAGGUUAAAGGCUAUGGUGCUGCGAACCAGGUCGUGGCGAGUUCGGGGACGGGGCUUGUUGACGUGGCGACCUUUUUGGUCGCCGAGGGUGAUUGUAGGGGAUUACAGAUCCAAAACGAGAACUCUAAAAAAAGGAAUAUAACCUGCACACAAUGCAACGCUCUAAUAGCCCUGGAAGACCCUAUCGCCAACGGUUGGCGACUCCUCAAAGCAGCCUUAUCCGCAUACACCCCGUCCACAACCGAAGAGAAAGGAACAUGGCACACCCACCCCACAGAAACGGUCGUCGCAGCACAACUGCUCGAACUCGUCGAGCGAGAAAGUGCCCGACGCUUCGUCGUCCACUACAGCGGCAAGCAUGGCCUUCUCCUAUGGGUCUUCAAUCCCGAUCUCCGCUACUCCACCACCAGCACCUCACACAGCACCACCACCACAACCGCCCACCGCGGCAUGAAAAUCCUUUUCCAAGAAACCUCCACCGUCGAAGACCUACUCAGCCCCGGAAACGGAAAACCGUCAUCGCUCUCGCUCGAGGAGCUCAUGUUACCGAGCGAUAUCUAUAAGAGUGUUUACCAGACGCUGGUGGAACGGAAUGCGAUGUUACCGGUUUCUGCAAGGGGGUUCCGGGAGUGGAGGGUUGGGAUUUUGGAGAGGUUUGAGCGGUCUCUCAAUACAGAAUGA